AUGUUCCCGGUGGUGCGGCACAAGGACUGGUUCCUGGGCUUCUCUUGGGCCGGUGGCAUUAAGUUUGAGCCGCUGGGCAGGAAUCAGGAGAGCGUCAGCGAGGCAAUCAACAGCUACUAUGCCCUAGCUGUCUACGGCACCGUUCUGGCAAACACCGGUGACGAGAUGGGCGUCCAGCUUCGACAGCUUGGCCGCCUCCUAAUGGCCAUGGAGGUCCAUGCGGGAGACAUGUACUGGCACGUCCGUCCUGGAGGCCAGCUUUACCCAAACUUCGCGCACGCCACGGUGGGCAUCAUGUGGGAGCAUGUCUGCCUCCACCAGACCUGGUUCGGGGGAAAAGGCUGGGCUGUCGAAGGCAUACAGAUGCUGCCCGUCGUCCCAGCCCUGGAAGAAUUCUUGGAGCAGGAGUGGGUUAUGCAACACUUCCUUGCCUACAAGGAUUCGUGCGACAGUGAUCCCAGCUGCAAAAAGCUGGGUUGGUCCUGGCUCGUCUGCAUGCAGCAGGCAGUGGUGAACGUCAGUGACGCUUUUGACUGUCUGCGCAGGCUCGAUGAUGAGACUUUCAGCAUAAGGAAUGCUGCCGCUGGUGGCAACUCCCUGACGAACUCAUUGGCAUGGCUGGCUACACGACCCGGCGCCCAUGACCUAGACGUGAUGCCUUGGCAGCGCAUCGCAAAGAGAGAGGUCGUGACCACGCCGAAACCAGUUCUGCCACAGUUUGAUCCCGCGGCGCCUUUGAAGAAAUUUGGGCGGCAUGGCGUUCGCAUGAACAACCUCUGCCUCGCAGGGAUGAGUGUCCAAUGCGACCCAAACAUCCCGAACUCAUAUUGCAUGGGGGACGAAUGCUGCCCAGACGGAUCGUUGUGUCCGUCGGCUUCAUACUAUUCCAGCAAGAUCUGUGAACACCCCAAGAAGGUGGCUUGCAGGGGAACAGAUGGACCCAAUCCGGAUGAGGCAGAAGAGAAAAAGACAAAGGAUGGACAUCAGGGCCACUGUCGUCCGGGCAGUGCUGUCCGCUGUCCAGACUCGGAGGAUUUUUGCCAAGACAGCCAGUGCUGUCCUGAUGGCUCGCUUUGCCCUUCUGCGCCUCUCUCUGGCGCGAAGUGUCAGAAGCCAAAAGUGCACGACUGCACAGGCCUCCAUCCUGCAAGUCCGAAGUUGGUAAAGCUGCCGGACGUCUGCAAGGUUGGCGAGCUCGUGCCCUGCCCCAACUCGGAUCUGCACUGCUCUGCAACGCUUUGCUGCCCUGAUGGGUCGCCUUGCCCCUCUGCACCAACUUCCGCCGUUUGCUGGAAGAAGGAGAAAGCCAUGGACUGCACCAUGCAGGAUGCAAUGGCGCCUCCGCCGCAGCAGCACAAGGAGCCCGAGUUCGAAGAGUUUGGCCCAUGGUCAAGCAAGAAGGGUAAGAUUGAAGAAGAGGAGGACGUCAAGCCCGGCGACGUCGGCGAGCCUACAGAAGCCAAAGCUGCUCCUGUUGACGAGGUUUCCGCACCUGAUGGUGACGAUGGUGCGCAGGAUGAUGGUGAAGAGCCAACGAUCCAAGAGCCUGCAGAGGAGGACGAAGGCGAAGAGCCGCCGGUACACGAACCUACGGAAGAGGCAGAUGACACAAGCUGCGACGAGGACAACAAAUGUUUGCCGGGGUCCAGUGUGAAAUGCCCUGAUGGGAAGUCCGUUUGUGCUGGCAUCAGCUGCUGUCCUGACGGCUCGCUUUGUCCAUCAGCUCCCUUGCUGGCUCCUGGGACUUCAGGUUGUUCUCGCCCCAAGAAGCGUGACUGCACCUGUCCUGGCCUCAGCCAGCUGCUCGUGCAUCGGCUUGACGCAGCAGCCUUGAACUGUGUCCAGUGCCUCAGUGCCACCUGCAUUAGUGCCAUGGCGUCGACAGCACAGUACGCGGGCCAGAAGAGUUUCUUCGGUGACAACACACCGCUGCCAAUCGAGUCGGGCUAUGCAAUCGUGCUAGGCUUUGGAGCAUUCUUCUCGGUGCUAACUACCGUGUUGGUCUAUUUGGACAAGUAUGCCAACGGCACGGAACACACGUCAGAGUUCUUCAACACUGCAGGUCGGUCUGUAAAGACAGGCCUCACGGCGUCUGUGAUUGUAUCGCAGUGGACGUGGGCUGCGACUUUGCUUCAGUCCUCAAAUGUAGCGUGGCAGUAUGGUGUGUCUGGACCCUUCUGGUAUGCCAGUGGUGCCACGAUCCAGGUGCUGCUCUUCGGCAUCCUGGCGAUUGAGGUCAAGCGCCGCGCACGCACAGCCCACACCGUGUGCGAGAUGGUCCUUGCAAGGUGGGGAAAAGCGGCCCACCUGACCUUCCUCUUCUUCGCGCUGCUUGCGAACGUCAUCGUGACUUCCAUGCUACUUUUGGGUGGGGCCGCCACCGUGAACGCUCUGACUGGAGUGGACACCAACCUUGCAUCCUUCCUGAUCCCCUGGGGUGUCAUUCUGUACACGGCUGCUGGUGGAUUGAAGGCAACCUUCAUGGCCUCUUACCUGCACACUGCCAUCAUCUUCCUGGUUCUAGUGGUGUGCGUGUACACGGUCUACGUGAAGAACUUCUCAUCGGACAUGAUCUAUGCUGGCCUCCAGCAGGUGUCGGGCUACUCGACGGCCCAGUGCGAGCAGAUCUUCAAGCAGGGCACGCAGACCUUCUUUGAGCAGGGCAAGUACGCUUGCGGCCCCGUGGAGGAGAACGAGGGCGGCUCUUACCUGACCAUGCUGUCGGGAGGAGGCACCAAGUUCGGAAUCAUCAACAUCGUCGGGAACUUCGGCACCGUCUUCGUGGACCAGUCUUACUGGCAGUCCGCCAUCGCAGCGAAGCCCACCAGCGCCCACAAGGGCUACUUGCUGGGAGGACUGGUCUGGUUCACCAUCCCAUUUGCCUUGGCCACAUCUCUGGGGCUGUGUGCUGUGGCCCUGCAGCUGCCCAUCUCCUCCAGCGAGGCGGGCAGUGGCCUUGUGCCCCCAGCGGUGGCCACGCACCUUUUCGGCAGCUUCGGAUCCGUGAUGAUGGCGGUGAUGCUCUUCAUGGCCAUUACUUCCACAGGCUCCGCAGAGGGCAUCGCCGUGUCAUCCUUGGUGACCUACGACAUUUACAAGACCUACAUCAACCCGCAGUGCACUGGGAAGCAGGCGCUGAUGAUCUCUAAGGUUGUAGUGGUGGUCUUCGGACUCCUGAUGGGUGGCCUCGGCGUGGGCUUGAACUACAUGGGCCUCAACCUCGGCUGGGUGUACCAGUUCAUGGGCAACGCCAUCGGCUCUGCCGUGGUGCCACUCUGGAACCUCCUCAUGUGGAAGAAGGCCAAUGCAACGGGAGCCAUUGUGGCUGCCUGGGGCGGCAUGAUCCUGGCAUUGUCCACCUGGCUUAUCGUCUGCCAGAUUGAGUUUGGUGCAAUCACCAUCGACAACCUGGGCACGCUGAACCCAAACCUUGCUGGAAACAUCGUGGCCCUGGCGUCCUCGGCCCUGAUCCAUGCCGCCUUCUCCCUUGCCAACCCUCAGAAUUACGAUUUCGAGUCCAUGGGCAAGAUCGAAAUGCUCGAGCAGGACAUGAGCGGACUGGACAAGGAAGACUACACCUCCGAGUUCUUGGAUGCAGCCAAGUGGUGGAUUCAGAAGUGGGGUUGGGGCUUCACGGUCGUUAUGGUCCUGAUCUGGCCUUUGCUGUCCCUACCUGCUGGUGUCUUCACCACGGACUACUUUGCUUUCUGGGUUUUCAUCAGCAUCGCUUGGAGCUUUGUGGCCACCUUCGUGAUCAUCGUCCUUCCUAUCCAGGAGUCGUGGGACGCCAUCAUGGGUGUGCUCAACUUCAUACUUGGUAAGAAAGCUCCGACGAAGGCUACCUCGGACACAGCUCCUGAGAAGCAGCAAUUUUGA